AUGUCAGAUCAACCAGGAACUGCACAAUCACCUGUUCAAGAUGCCCCAAAGGCUGCAGACUAUCCAACACUUGAGUCGAUCCCAGAGGUAAAACCAGCAGAGAUGUCAAAAUCUCAAUGGAAGAAACUUCAAAGAAAGAAAAAGUUUCAAGAAAACAAAAAGGAAUAUAUCAAGAUCCGUAAAGAGAAGAAGAAGGAAAACAAUGCUGCUCGUCGUCUUGAAAUUCAAUCAUAUGUUGAAAAAAAUGAACCAAUUCCAGAACAUUUGCUUAAAAAACCAAAAAAACCAAAAACUCAAACCAAAACAGGUUCUAAGAUUGUUAUAGAUUGUUCUUUUGAUCAUUUGAUGAAUGAUAAAGAAAAAGUUUCUUUGAGUUCCCAAAUUACACGAGCAUAUGCCGCAAACCGUACUUCACCAAACACUGUUGACCUAGAAGUUACUUCAUUCGGAGGAAACCUUAAAAGAAGAUUUGAAGUUGAUAUGAAAUCUUCUGCAUAUCAAAAUUGGAAAAACAUCACAUUCAAUGAAGAACCUUUUGAACCUUCAGAAAAUGUCAUUUAUUUAUCAGCAGAUGCUGAAGAAGCUCUAGAAGUGCUUGAACCUGAUAUGACAUAUGUUAUUGGUGGUAUAGUGGAUAAAGGUCGUUACAAGUUCCUUUGUAAAAACAAGGCAGAUGAACUUGGACUCAAAUGUCUAAGGCUUCCAAUUGAUGAAUAUAUUAACUUGUUUGGUAGAAGAGUCUUAACAACAACACAUGUUGUUGAAUUAAUGUUGGAAUGGUGGAAUGGUAAAGAUUGGAAAUUAGCAUUUGAAAAAGUUUUACCGCAAAGAAAACUGAUCAAUGAGGAUAAGGAAGGAAGUACAAGUGUUGACCCAGAAGAAAUUGCAAGCGUUGAUCCAGAAAAAAUUGCAAAGCUUGAGGAUGACGAAGAGGAUGAAGAGGAAGCUGAAGCUGAAGAGGUAGCUCCAGAAAGUGAAAAGAAACCGGAGCCUGUCCAAACUGCCGAUGCUACAGAAGGGACCUCAGCUGAAUGA